AUGGGAGUGUUUCCACUUGACACAGAUAGCUCAGUGAAUAAUCUACAGCAAGCUGCAUGCAGUGGAAUCAUAAGAGAUGAGAACGAGGAGUAUUCUUCAUCCUGCGCUGCCCUCUCCUCCCACUUCCUCUUUGUCAUGGCUAGUAUUAUUUCCUUCUCAGCAGACUAUUUGGGCACCCCUAAAUCUACUCCAUCUUCGUCAGUUCAGUCAUCAAAUUCAAAUUCUUAUUCUGCAUUUGACGAUGAGAUCCCGACUGUUGAUUAUUCUUUGCUUUUCUCUGAUGACCCUCUUCAACAAUAUCUGGCCCUAGAACAUCUAGGCCAAGCGUCCUAUAAAUUUGGUUUCUUCUACCUGGUCAAUCAUGGCAUUCCAGACACAGUUCUGGACACUCUUUUCAAACGAAUGUCUGAAUUCUUUGAUCCGAUGAAUUUAGAUGAGAGAAGACUGUAUCGGAAAAAUGAACGGGGGGAGCAAAUCAAAUGGGACAUACACUCCUCGAACUCUCAUGGAGAAGACAGGGAAUAUCUGAAAGUGAUGACGCAUCCUCAGUGUUAUUUUCCUUCCAAUCCGUCUGGCUUUAGUGAGGUUCUGAAUGAAUACCAUAAGGAGAUGAGAAAUGUAGUGGUGGGAUUAGCAAGAGCAAUGUCCAGGACCUUGGGGUUUGAAGAGAAUUACAUUGAGAAAGCAUUUAACUUGGAAUCAGGAUUUGACGUGUCGGCCAUGAACCUUUAUCCACCAAACCACGCAUCCAAAAGUCACUUUGGCGUUGUUGAUCAUACUGAUCCUGGCUUCAUCAUAACCCUCGUGCAAGAUGUGAAUGGGGGUCUCCAAAUACUAUCUCACAAUGGAAAAUGGAUCAAUGUUUGUAUUCCCCACCAUGCCAUUCUCAUCCAACUCGGCGACCAUCUUGAGAUCUUGACUAAUGGGAAGUACAAGAGUCACGUACAUAGAGUUGCUGUUGGAAACAAUAAGGUGCAAAGGUUCACGGUGGCGACGCUGCAUGGGCCGUCGAUAGACAAGUUUGUAGCACCGGCUCGGGAGUUUGUGGAUGAAGAUCACCCACAGGCAUAUCUUGGAAUGACCUAUAAGCAGUCCUUGGAAGCUAAGGGCCACAAUGAGAUUGAUGUGAAAUCAUCGCUUGAUAAAAUCAGGCUUAAAACUGCUUAG